AUGAAAUUAGAAUUUCAAAAGACGAUGUGAGUAAAGUGUAUACUUGUCGUCAUUGUCUCUAAAGUGUUGUAAAUUCUUGUUUUUUUUUUAAUUAACAAAAGCUUGACAUAUAAAGUUGUUGUAGAUUACGGUUCAGAGCGAAGUUUAUGGGGAGCAGCAAGAAGAAGAAGCUGACUAGUGAGGCUUUUGUCCUCCCGUCAACCAGUUCUGAGUCUGCGGAAGAACAAGACCUGGAUGAGGAUGAAUAUUCAGGGUUGUAUUAUUACUUGCAGCCCAAAAAGAAACGAGAAUUGUCAGUCACCGUCCAGGUAAUUAAUCAGAAACUGGAGCAAGUGUAUCAUGAGUAAGUUUACUUUGUUUCUUUAUUUUUUUUUUAGAUUUCGUCCAUCUACUGAAGUUGUUCUGGGCCAGAUACACUUGUAUUCAGUGAUUCACAAGCAAGUCACAGAUCUGUUCAAAUGCGUUGAUGUUUAUGCGUUUGGAAGUGCAGUUAACGGGUUCGGUUACUUGGAAUCCGAUAUGGAUCUUACAAUAAUCGGAUUUUCUGAGCAGUAAGCCUAUCCGUUUUAUGGAUGGUUCUUAUUAUUUAGUCAAAUGAAACGAACAAAAGAAGGGCUAUUGGAAGAUCUGAAGGCCUAUCUGAUGGAGGAGGAAAAUGUUCAAGAAAAUGGCCUCUCAGAUGCCAUGUUGCUCGCUAAAACAAAGGUAUUACUUUAUUGUCAAAACUUUAAUAAUUUAUUUUUAGUUUCCAUUGAUCAAGAUGCAGUCCAAUUUUAAUGGCCAUUCAUAUUUCUUGGACUUGGGAAUCAACAGUCGUAAAGGGAUCUCUAAUUCUCUUUUACUCAACUGUUAUGCCAGGUAAGGUAAUAUUCAGGUUUACUUACGAAAGUUGUGGUUUGUAAAAACUAAUAGUUUUAGAAUCGACAAGCGGGUCAGGUUGCUCGAUAUGGUUGUUAAAGAAUGGACCAAAUUGAAUCAUCUGUUUGGUGGCAGUAAACAGAGAUUCAAUAGUUACAGCCUCACAUUGAUGGUCAUUUACUAUCUCCAAAGAGGAAUUAAGCCCCCUCUUCUUCCGAAUUUACACCAAGAAGUGAUGGACAUUUUCAAUGUACAGUUCAACGAAGAUCCGUUUGAAGUGAUAAAGGAGUUUGAGUUGAAAUUUGGUGAGUAUUAUGAUCGAUUAUUCAAUUAUUUUACAAGGAAAGUACUUUUAUUGGGGCUUCUACUUUUUGACGGGGGAUAUCUCAUGAAAUCAGAAAAAAUGUGCUGAUCAAGGAUAUGUAAAUAUUAGCUGCCCAUUUUAGGUUUUUAGGGGUGAAAAAUCCAUCGCAGGCUGAUUUAAAGUCCUAUAUGAACCCCUUUUCGUUUAAUUUUUCACAGGUUUACAAUUUUUAUUUUGGCUUCAAAUGAUGUUUAUUGAGUUUCUAAGACGUAAUAAGUCUUGGCCCAAAAAUUUAUUUUUCCGGUCUUCAACUUCAAAAAAAGUUGAUUCAGCCCAAAAGGGCUGAAUCAACAGGGAAGCCGUGCGGCGUCCUCCCUAUUGAUUCCCAGACUACGGCACUAACCACUCGGCCACACCGCUCUCUUCCGAAGGAAGAGACCGACUGCGCUUUCUAUCGUUUCGAAUGCCUGCGCCUUUUGUAGGGAAAUUAAGCCAGUUUUUGGGCAUUUUAACCCCUAAAAACCUAAAAUGGGCAGCUAAGAUUUAUAUAUCCUUGAUCAGAACAUUUUUUCUGAUUUUUUGAGAUAUGUCCCGUCAAAAAGUAGGAGCCCCCAUAAAAGUACUUUCCUUGUUAGAUCCUGAAGAACAAGAGAUGACAUUGAUAGAAUUGUUCUUUGGAUUUGUGGAGUUUUACGAUUCCUUUGACUUCAAAAACGAAUUAAUUGCUAUUCACAAGAAAGAAAAUGUUUCUUCCGGGUAUGUGUUUUCUUUUGGGAAAAAUAUUUUCGCCCAGAAUUAAAAAUAUUUUUCCCCAGAAAAGACCAUUAUAGAAAAACUCCUAUUUUCUCCCAGAAAAAAUAUAUUUUCUCCCAGAAAGAAAAUAUUUUUCCCCAGAAAAGAGAAUUAUGAAAAAAAUGCUAUUUUCUCCCAGAAACCAGAAAACAUGAUUUUGUAAAAAUAAAGCACGGAAUUAGUAAAAAUUGAUGAAUAAGUAACUUUACUAGUAAAAUAAAUUAAGCAGUAGUGUAAAAUAUUAUUUGUAGUAAGUUUUUGAGGAAAUACUGGAAAGAGAUGUAAUCGACGGUGCUGAUUUCGUAAAUGAUUCUAAUUUUUCGUGAUUUUUACUUUUUUGUGCUCAAAGAGUGCAUUGAAGUGUACAUCGACAGCCUUUCUUUUUCGCCUUCUGCGCCGGGAAUAACAUUCAGAUUUACAAUAAGAGAAAUUCAUCCUUAUCUUCAUCGGGAAAAAAAGAUAUUCAAGAAUAAAACAUGAGAGAUUACUACCUUCUAAAAGAUAGUGAUGUCGAAGACGUUGAUAUCCUAAAGGUAUAAUUCAGCACGACAAGUCAAUAUGUCAGUCAGUUCGAAUCCGAUAUUAUGCACUUCUUUGGGACCCAUGGAUCGUAUUUUACAUUACUACUUGCAAUAAAGCUGGAAAUCCCACGUUUUUCUAAUUUUUUUUCAGAUUUUCAACUUCCAGAUGAUAUUACUUUAGACGACUUCUUAAUUGAGUUUAAAAACAAGUAAGAAUUAUAAUGAUUUAUACAAAGGCAUGCAUGAAUGAAUUCUUUAAUGGUUUAUUCUUGGAUGUCUUUUGUUCCCAAUGAAAAUAUGGAUGGGUUUCUCUUAUUGUAAAUCUGAAUGUUCUUCCUGACGCAGAAGACGACACAGACAGGCUGUCAAUGCACCCUUUGACCACAAAAAAGUAAAAAUCACAAAAAAUGAGCAUCAUUUUUGAAAUCAGCACCGUCGAUUACAUCUCUUUCCAGUAUUUCCUCAAAAACUUACUACAAAUAAUAUUUUACACUACUGCUUAAUUUAUUUUACUAGUAAAGUUACUUAUUCAUCAAUUUUUACUAAUUCCGUGCUUUAUUUUUACAAAAUCAUGUUUUCUGGUAGAAAAUAUUUUCUUUUCUGGGAGAAAAUAGCAUUUUUUUCAUAAUUCUCUUUUCUGGGGAAAAAUAUUUUCUUUCUGGGAGAAAAUAUAUUUUUUCUGGGAGAAAAUAGGAGUUUUUCUAUAAUGCUCUUUUCUGGGGAAAAAUAUUUUUAAUUCUGGGAGAAAAAUAUAGACCCUUUUCUUUUUGUGUUAUACGAAGUAAUUUUUAUGAUUUUAGUUAUCAGAGUGACGAAGAUUGCACCUCGUUGAUUAAUAUCGAAGACCCUUGUGAAGGCAAUAACCCGGCUCGAGGCGUUUCCCAGGAAUGUUUUGAUGGUUUUAAAGCCGUUUUAUCCCGAGUUCAUACCUCCAAAUGGUUUAAUAUUUUGUCUAAUCCAGCUCAAUUUGAUCCCAAAACCUAUGGUCUCGAUCUCAAAGUCUUUCUCAAUUACUUCGGAGUGGAUAUGCAAAGAGAUGAUGCCCUUCAUAAUGUGCAGCUAGAUUCUUUAUAUUCCACUUUAUAUCCCCUGGAGGCUCAUAAUAUCUUCCUUAGUUAA